CUGAACAACUUCUCUUAUCUUCUCUCAGGUGUAACUUGUAAUCUUCGACUUUUUUACUUGGUUAGUUUAGUGUUUCGUUCAUCUUUGGGUCCAAAUAAUCAAUAAUUAUAUAAGUGGAGAGAUUAGGAUUAUAUUAGUACAUUGUUAAUCAUGAUGCAGUACCAGGCAGCUGCUGAGUCAUGGGGGUACUACGUGCCGGUGAGGAUGAGCAUGGGGGACCCACUGGAGCGGGUGGCGAGGCUGGCGUCGAAGAGCGCGGUGGUGAUAUUCAGCGUGAGCAGCUGCUGCAUGUGCCACGCCGUCAAGAGGCUCUUCUGCGGAAUGGGGGUGAAUCCGACGGUGUACGAGCUGGACCAGGACCCCAGAGGGAAGGAGAUCGAGAGGGCUCUCAUGAGGUUGCUCGGAACCUCGUCGGCGGUUCCGGUGGUGUUUAUUGGUGGCAAGCUUAUUGGCGCCAUGGAUAGAGUCAUGGCUUCCCAUAUCAAUGGGUCCCUGGUCCCACUUCUCAAGGAGGCUGGGGCCCUCUGGCUCUGAUCGUCAUCAUCGAAUUUAUCACAUGCAGGUCAAGUCAAAAAAAAUGGAAUAGAAAAGAGUGAGAGUGUUCAUGAUGAUGUUCAGUUUUAACUACAUUUGGAUAUAUUUAUGAUAAUUUCACUUUCAUUUUCUA